UAUAUAUGAUCUGUAAAUUUUAAUAUUAAUACAAAUAGUUUUUUUUUUGUCUUUGUCAUUGUUAAUUAGUAUGAUAUACAAUAUGUAGAAAUUUUGUUCUAUAGAAUUAUUUCAUCCCUAGUGCUUGUUUGUAUUUAGUUAGCAAUUGAUUGAUUGCAUGAGAAAGAGAAACGGAAAAGAAGAGAAGAAGGAAAAAAACUAGUUUAGAAUAAAGAUUGCAUAGACUAGAAGGAACGAGUAAAUUAGAUAUCAAUGUUAUAAGAUCAGUAGAAAUGAACGAAGUGUAUAUGUAUAUUAGAUUGAAUAUAUCUUUAUUUGUUUUUCUCAUUAUUAAUUACAUUUUGGUUAUAUAUAUAUAGAUGUUUAGAUCAAUGGGUUGAAUUGCAAUGAAUGGGCACCGAAUCAUUUCGAUUAUUUUUUAUUUUCUUAUUCAGCUCAAUUAUUGCUGAUAACUUUAUAAAUGUUGAACGACAAAAAAUUAUUCUCAGUAGUUUAUUUACACAUUCAUGUUAUCCAUCAAUUAAUUUUGCUCUUAAACAAAUUGCAACAAAACAGAUAGAUAUUGAACUUGAACUUAAUGGAACAGAAGAUGUUAUUCCUUGUGAUGUUGGCACAAGUGUAAAAGUAUUUUUUGAUAUCAUUAAUCAAACUACAUCAUUGAGUGUACUUAUGACUGAUGCUUGUCAAAGUGUACUUAGUUAUAUGGCGGAAGUUGCUACUUAUUUUCAUUUACCUGUUUUUUCAUUUACUGAUAGCGAUUUAUCAUUAUCAUCUGUUGAUCGUUAUCCACUUAUUUAUCAUAUGGUACCAUCUGAUCGUGCUCAUAAUUUAGUACGUAAACAACUUUUACAAUAUUUUAAUUGGACACGAUUUGGAUUAAUCUAUCAACAUGGAUCAAAAUAUACAUUGGUAGCUAAUGAUUUUUCUGAUUUAACUGCGAUGGAUAAAAAUCAAUGGGAAGUUAAUUUAACACGAGGUAUACCUUAUCGUUAUGGUCCGGAAUGGUAUGAUGAUAAUAUAAUAAAUAUUAAAACAUUACUCAAAGAUUUUAAAGCAAAAGAUGUUCGAAUAAUUAUUGCAAAUUUAAAUCAAACACUUGCAACUCAUAUGUUCUGUCAUGCUGCUAGAGAACAUGUAUAUGGUUCAAGUUUUCAAUGGAUUAUGCUAGGUUAUCCAUCAGUAUCAGCAUGGUGGACCGAAAAAACUGAUUGUUCAAUACAAGAAAUAAUUCGGGCAAUUAAUGGAACUUUUCAAACACGUGUACCACGUUUAUCUAUAGAUGAUGUUGAUGAUCGACCAGAUCAUGUUUUGGAAUAUUUAAAAUCCUUUUCAGAUUUAGAAAAAAAUUAUUUUGAUGCUUAUGCAUAUGAUACAAUAUGGAGUUUAGCAUAUAUUUAUCAGUCAAAAAUAUUAUUUAAUCAAUCAAAUAUUAAAAAAAUUGUCGAUAAAAUUGAUUUUAUUGGUGCUACAGGAAGAGUUAGAUAUUUAAAUAGUGGACGUAUUGGUGAAAUUCUUGUUGAACAAUAUGUUGCUUGUCGAAUGAUGAGUGAUGGUUCAUGUAAAAUACCAUGUUAUGAAGAAGAUAAAGAUUGUAAUUUAACAGUUGUGAAAAUCUUUCUUGCUAAAAAUUCAGACUCAAAAUAUGGACCACCAGUUUUACAUAAAUUGAAUUCAGCUAUAUGGCAUGGAAAUAAUCCAACAAGAGAUCGAACUAAUCAAAUUAUUCAAUAUGAACAUAUUUAUCUAUCUGUAUUUAUAUCAAUAACAAUAAUUAGUGGAAUUGGAUUAAUUAUUUCAAUAUCAUUAUUUAUUUUUAAUAUUCGUUGUCGAUCACAUAGAUAUAUUCGAAUGUCAAGUCCAUCUUUGAAUAAUAUUAUUUUAUGCGGUUGUAUGUUAGCUUAUAUUAGUAUCAUUUUAAUGGGAGUUAAUUCAUCUUUAUUUCCACAAAAAUGGUUUACAAAAAUUAUUAUGAAUAUUAUCUGUGCAACUCGAAUGUGGCUUUUAUGUAUUAGUUUUACAUUAGCAUUUGGUUCAAUGUUUAGUAAAACUUGGCGUGUACAUUCAAUUUUUACAAAUAUUAAUUUAACACGAAGGGCUAUUCAUGAUUCUCGUUUACUUGCUGUAGUCGGUGCUCUUUUAUGCAUUGAUUUAUUUUAUUUAAUUGCUUGGCAAAUAUUCGAUCCAAUUCAACGAAAAUAUAUUUAUGAUACACCUUAUCGACCUAAAUAUAAUCAAGAUAUUCAAAUUAAUCCAUAUUAUGAAGUAUGUCAAGGUGAAUAUACAGCAGUUUGGCUUCUUAUUCUAAUUUUAUAUAAAGGUUUAUUAAUGUUUUAUGGUUCAUUUCUUUCCUGGAAAACUCGUCAUGUAACAAUUCCAGCAUUGAAUGAUUCACGUUAUAUUGGUUUAAGUGUUUAUAUUGUAUUUAUUUGUUGUACACUUGGAUCAUUAGUAACAUUUAUUCCAUCGGAACAAAUUCAAUUGUCUUAUUGUCUAACAUCACUUUUUAUUGUUAUUUGUACAACAGCAACUGUAGGUCUAGUAUUUGUACCAAAAAUUAUUGAAGUAUAUCGUGAUCCACAUGCAAAACGAAGACAAAUAAAAAUGAUUAGACGAUUACAAACUAAUCCUGGUCGAUCGAUGAAAUUAACAAGUAAACAUUUAAAUAGUGCAAUACUUGAUAAUAAUCAAUUAAAUUUUGUUUUUUCUAUGCAAGAACAAACAUUGGAACGUUUGAUGGAACAAUUAAAAAAUUCUUCAACAAAAAAUAAUAUUAUUAGAGUACCAUAUGAAUUCGAGCGUCUCAUUAGCUCCGAGAACAACAUCGAAGAAGAAGAAGAAGAUGAGGAAGAGGAGGAAGAAGAUGAUGAUGAUGAUGAUGAGGAAGAAAAUCCAACUACACAUGAUGAUGACGACGACAAUAUAAACGAUCGAUUUCUUUCAAAUAAUAAACCUUUCAAGGGACGUGUCGCACGAGCACUUAGUUUAUGUCUUUAUAAUAAAAUUCAUAUGGCACAAAUAUGUUGGUCAGAAACAUCUGGCGGUGUAAGUCAUGGUUCGAUUUCUCAACUUCAAGAUAAUCAACGUUCACCAUCAAUGACAUUAUUAAAAUCAAGUUAUCAUAAAUCGGCUGAUUUUGUUAAAAUUGAAGAAUCUCAAGAACAAACAUCUAACUUAGUAGAAACAAUAUCAUUAUCCGAUAUUGAACCUGUAUAUGAUGGUUUAAUAUCUCUUGAUGACAUUCGUCUUGAUAAAAUGAUUGAAACUGAUCUUAUUUCAUCUAAUUUUUAG